GGCUAACGGGAGGACAGCCGAGUCCAGGGAAGGACAGCGAAGACGCAGCUGCUCGCUCCCAUCAUGCUGCGGUUUGUAGCGCUGACCUGCGUCCUCUGCAUGGGAGGAAACCUGGUAACGGGACAGAGGGAUGGAGAAAUCAUCAGUCAGGUUAAGAUGACAAACUUCGCUUUGGCCGAGAUUAAAGAGCUGCUGAAGCAACAGGUCAGAGAAAUAGUGUUCCUGAAGAACACAGUGAUGGAGUGUGAAGCCUGUGGAAUGGGGGGCAUCCAGCCCGUCUCCCCCUGUGAGCCCAACCCCUGCCACCCUGGUGUGCGGUGCUCAGAGUCCCCUGAGGGCCCCCAGUGUGGCGCCUGCCCUGAUGGCAUGGAGGGUAACGGGACACGCUGCACGGAUGUGGACGAGUGCAAGGUGAUGCCGUGCCACAUGGGGGUCCGCUGCAUCAACACGUCCCCUGGUUUCCGCUGCGGUUCCUGUCCUGCAGGAUACACCGGACCUCAGGUCCAGGGGGUUGGACUCGCUUACGCCACUGCCAACAAACAGGUGUGCAGAGAUAUAGACGAGUGUGAAGGUUCCAGCAACGGCGGCUGUGUGGAAAACUCUGUCUGUCUGAACACUCCUGGCUCGUUCAGAUGCGGCCCCUGUAAGCCCGGCUACGUUGGGGACCAACGGCUUGGCUGCAGGCCCGAGAGAACCUGUGGGAACGGCCAGCCCAAUCCCUGCCACGCCAGCGCCGACUGCAUCGUCCACCGUGAAGGAACAAUCGAAUGUCAGUGUGGAGUGGGAUGGGCGGGUAACGGAUACCUGUGUGCAACGGACACCGACAUCGAUGGUUUCCCUGACGAGAGGCUGGACUGUCCUGACCUGACCUGCAACAAGGCGAGUUUCCAAGAUCACUACUGCUCAGUAAAUCUGCCUCCCAUAGUAGGUCAGUUUAGUGCAAGAAACUCUAACAAGAGUUUGCGUCUGCAGGAUAACUGCCUCACCGUGCCGAACUCCGGCCAGGAGGACGCCGACAACGAUGGGAUUGGAGACGCCUGCGAUGACGACGCGGAUGGGGAUGGGAUCCCAAACACACAGGACAAUUGCAAGCUGGUGCCCAACGUUGAUCAGACAAACAUCGAUGAGGACGACUUUGGUGAUGCGUGCGACAACUGCAGAGCGGUGAAAAACAAUGACCAGAAGGACACGGAUCUGGACAAACUUGGUGAUGAGUGCGAUGAAGAUAUGGAUGGAGAUGGAAUCAUAAAUGUCAUGGACAACUGCAAAAGGGUUCCCAAUGUUGACCAGAAAGACAGAGACGGAGACAAAGUUGGAGACGCCUGCGACAGCUGUCCCUACGUUCCCAACCCGGACCAGAUGGAUGCAGACAAUGACUUGAUUGGAGAUCCAUGUGACACCAACAAGGACAGUGAUGGCGACGGACACCAAGACUCCCGGGACAACUGCCCAGCCGUCAUCAACAGCUCUCAGCUGGACACAGACAAGGACGGAAAGGGGGACGAGUGUGAUGACGACGACGACGAUGACGGGAUCCCUGACCUGCUGCCGCCUGGUCCCGACAACUGCCGUCUGGUGCCCAACCCUCUGCAGGAGGACUUGGAUGGUGAUGGUGUGGGCGAUGUGUGUGAGAAGGAUUUUGAUAACGACACCAUCAUCGAUCCCAUCGAUGCCUGUCCUGAAAAUGCAGAAGUCACCCUUACGGACUUCAGGGAGUACCAGACGGUCGUGCUGGACCCGGAAGGAGACGCGCAGAUAGACCCCAACUGGGUGGUGCUGAACCAGGGAAGAGAAAUCGUCCAGACUAUGAACAGCGACCCGGGUUUGGCUGUUGGCUACACGGCGUUCAGCGGCGUGGAUUUUGAAGGGACGUUUCAUGUAAACACGGUAACGGACGACGACUACGCCGGGUUUAUCUUCGGCUACCAGGACAGCUCCAGCUUCUACGUGGUGAUGUGGAAGCAGGUGGAGCAGAUCUACUGGCAGGCGAACCCGUUCAGAGCCGUGGCACAGCAAGGCAUCCAGCUCAAGGCGGUGAAGUCGAGCACAGGUCCAGGUGAGAACCUGAGGAACGCCCUGUGGCACACCGGAGACACCGGAGACCAGGUGAAGCUCCUGUGGAAAGAUCCUCGCAACGUGGGCUGGAAGGACAAAACUUCGUACCGCUGGUUCCUCCAGCACCGACCCGCUGAUGGCUACAUCAGGGUCCGUUUCUAUGAGGGCCCUCAGAUGGUGGCGGACACCGGCGUCAUCAUAGACGCCACGAUGAGAGGCGGCCGGCUGGGCGUCUUCUGCUUCUCCCAGGAGAACAUCAUCUGGGCCAACCUGCGGUACCGCUGCAACGACACUCUUCCUGGGGAUUUUGACACCUACAGAACCCAGCAGGUCCAGCUGGUGGCCUGAGGACUGAAAACAAACACUUUCAGGAAACAUCAUUAAUAAACAGAGAGAACCGGCCUUAUGAGAUGUGUUCAAAUUGUUGGAUCUGAAAAUAAAUCUCUGUCCUAAAUGAUGCCAUUGCAAAGUCUUGUGAACAAUAAAUAAAUCACGAUUUAAGUAAUUUAUAGAUGUGGAGAAAGUUGCUGCAUCAUGAAAACACAGUUGUAGUUUAAAAGCAGUAAACAUUUAUAUUAAGAUGCAUAUUCUUUUUAUCAGAAUAAUGUCUGGUGCUGCUGGAUCAGACAUGCCUGGCAGCAAGACUAAUCKAAUACAUGAAGCGUAAAACUGACAACAAACAUUUGUGGGGCUAGCUACCUAUGUAAACACUGAGUUGACUCUAUAGUUGUCUACCUAAUUAUGCUGAAGCUUUAGCAUAGUUAGCAUAGCCAGUGACAGACAUAGAUUGAUAGCUGUCCACCUGUUUUACCCACAACACUCGAUUUUCUUCUUUUGACCUGUAAGUGGUUURUAUGACAAAUAGCUAUGCUAGGACCAGACUGCAAGAUGUACAAAUAAAGGUUUGACACAAUGA